GUCAUCCUAAAAUUGUCUAUGCCCUUGUCUUUAGCUAAAAUGGCAGGUGAUGAAACUGACAGUGAUCUGAAACCAUCGAGUGUUGCGAUUAUUAGAGAAGUCUACGACAGUGAAAAUGCCCACAUCAAGUUUGAAAUGGAACUGGAAAGAGCACUUGAGGCCGGCGUGAGAGUAAUCGUAAUAGAACCUGAACCUCUUGGUGAAGAAACAGCACGCUGGAUAUAUGUUGGAAACCUCUUACAUAAAGUUUCUGUUUACAGUGGACUCUGCAGCAUUGCGUCAGGUUUGACCUGGAGUACUUUGGCUUGUGCACCAUUUGGUAUUGUGUCAGUGUUAUGUGCUGGAUGCUACACACUGUCAUGGCAAUGGGACCCUUGCUGCAAAUACCAAGAAGAAAAAGAUCGUAGGCAUCUAGCAACUUUGCCAGUUUUAAGUGACCUCACAUCUGCAUCACCUGUUGUACUUGUACACACAGAUAAUAGAAGAAAAAUUAUACUACAUAGUACUGUAUCCAUAGCUGCAGCUGGUAUUUGCUUGUGGAGACUAUACAACAUAUUCAAAUAAUGAAUAGCAUAAUUAAAUAUUACAAAAAACCUUAUUGUUCUCAAAUAUCUUUGCUUAGAAGACUACAAUUUUGUUAUUUGUGCUUUACUAAACAUUGUUUAUGUAGAAAGAUACUGUAAUACUUGCCUAGUAUGCAGAAAAUGUAAAAAAUGUUAUAAAAAUAUUAUUGAAUAGUAG